AUCAAAUGAAUAUCAAAUUUCAAAUGUAAAGUCAGAACUUGCUCAUAUCCGAAUCAACAAACUUUGUGUAACAUUAUCGCAAUUAAUGAAGAAACAAGUCUUGACCUUAUUAACUCAUUAUAUUCAGUAAUAACCUUGAACCACCACUAGACGCCAAAACUAAUUCAUAAACUUCAGUUGCUCCAUUUGUUUGAUUUAGAGAUCGAUUUUGCCUACAAAGUUCGAAACUUGACUUAUUUAUCUGGAAUCAAUAAAAGUUAGUAUAAAGCAGCAUGUACAAAUUAUUUACGGAUUUGUGAAUGAAAUAUUGUGAAAACUAUUUUUGACAAACAUGAAAAUUAGUACCAUGUUAAAGUUGUUUCCUCUUUUGACUUUUCUCGCUCUUCUAGAGUACUCGCUGGCUUUGAAAUGUAUGGAUGAAGAUGGCAAUUCUGUAGACUGGUUUAUAGUAUAUAAGCUUCCCAAGUACUCGGCAGAUUCGGGUAAACUGUACGAUGGGACCGCCUAUUUGUAUCUGGAUGCGAAGAACCAGCAGUACCAGAUAUCACCUAACGACGUCAACUCAACCAAAAGCGCUUUUUAUCGCACAUUGAUACCAAUCUACGAGAACUAUAAAAAUGGCAGUAGUGAUGGCGUCAUGGCACGAGGAUUCUACAAUGACCAGUGGCCUAAUGGUGGUUACUCCACGUCACGAGGUCACUCCAAAGGUGCAUGGGCGUUCGAUUCUCAAGAUGGGUUCUUCCUGACGCAGAGCGUGCCCAAAUUCCCCAAUUUUCUCGAAGGUGGUUUCAGUUAUCCGAGUUCCGGGACAUACUAUGGACAGGACAUGAUGUGUGUGAGUUUGGGAGUAGAUCAGUUUGACAAACUGGGGGUGCAUUUUUCGUUCACCAAUCCCUGGAAUUACAACGUGUCCAUUCCAGAUCAGUUCGUAGAUAUGGUUCCGUCUCUGUAUGCGUCUACUGUGAACGAAACUCAUGUGACAGAUGAGCCCUUUACAGCGACCGAGACAAUCACAUCACUUGGUGGCGUGGUCUUCACUCUGUUCUCCAAGUACAAGAAUGCGGACCUGGAUAUGGUGAGUGAGCAGAUGGCCCCUGGAUUGAAGAGCGACCUUUUCUCCCAGUCCUGGCAGAACUCCGGCACCAACCUGCCCUCCGACUGCGACGACAAAUACUGUACAUACACAGUGGAGAAAAUGUACUUUAGCCAGUUCAACGUCAGCUUCUCCACUCACGAUGACCACUCGAAAUGGGCUAUGGGUGCUCCAGGGGGAGGGGAGUUCAAGUAUCCCUCCAAGUGGGUGUGUCUGGGGGACAUGAACAGGCAGGAGAGUCAGGAGGGGAGGAGUGGGGGCUACACGUGUUUCGAGCAGGCAGCUGUCAAUCAACAGUACACCCAGAUGACCACUGAUUUGCUCGACUGCUCAGAUGAUAAAUCAGCCGCUGUUCAGAAGGAACAAGAAAGUUUCAAUGAAAAGGAACUGAAUAUGAAGAAAGUUCGGUUUAAUUGAACAAUUUUUAAUGAACUGAAGCAAUGAUUUUUUCAAUUUUUCUCAUCUAGUAGUCCCAUGAAAAAAAAGAAUUUUCUUUAUUAUAAGUGUUAUUAGCUCUAUUAACUCAGCCCAAAUGUAUUUAUUCAUUCAUAAAUGACAAAAGUUUUUCAUUUAAAUUGUCACUUUUUUCCUUUUUUCGCGAGCUUGAUUAUAGUAAUUUAAUGGAUUUAAUACCUUUAUGAUUAGCAAGCGUAUUGCUGAGGGGUCUUAGUUUUUUUGUUACCAGUUUUCUUCAGCAAUAAUGGUGGGACA